AUGGUAAAUGAAAUAGGGACUUUCUUCAUGGAUAUUGUUAACUCUUCUCAUGCCUAUCCGACUGGGGGCACAUCAGUCGAUGAAUUCUGGUCAAACCCAAAGCGACUGGCAAGCACUUUGAAAAGUGAGAAUGAAGAAUCCUGUACAACAUAUAAUAUGCUAAAGGUCUCUCGCCACUUGUUUAGAUGGACAAAGGAAAUGGCAUAUGCAGAUUAUUAUGAGAGGGCCCUGACAAAUGGUGUCCUGAGCAUCCAAAGAGGAACAGAGCCUGGAGUGAUGAUCUAUAUGCUCCCACAUGGCCGUGGUGUUUCCAAGGCUAGAAGUGUACAUAGUUGGGGUAAACAGUUUGAAUCUUUUUGGUGCUGCUAUGGAACAGGAAUUGAAUCAUUCUCAAAGUUGGGAGAUUCCAUAUACUUUGAAGAAGUGGGCAAUGUUCCAGGAAUUUAUGUCAUCCAGUACAUAUCCAGCUCACUAAAUUGGAAAUCUGGACAUAUUUUGUUGAACCAAAAAGUAGAACCUGCUGUUUCAUGGGAUUCACACCUUAGAGUGACAUUUACAAUUUUGUCAAAAGAGAAGGGGCCAGGUGUGACAUCUACUUUGCAUUUUCGAAUACCAUUCUGGACUUACUCAAGCAGUGCAAAGGCUGUUUUAAAUGGUCAGGAUUUGUCACUACCACCUCCAGGAAACUUUUUGUCAACCCCACCACAAAAUUGGAGUCCUGGCGAUGAAUUGACUCUUGAAUUGCCAAUGGAUCUGAGAACUGAGACAAUCAAAGAUGACCGGCCGGAGUAUGCUUCCCUUCAGGCAAUCUUUUAUGGGCCGUACCUACUUGCUGGUCUGACCAGUGGAGACUGGGACAUCAAGAAAGACUCAUCUCUUUCCUUGUCCGACUGGAUAACACCAAUUCCUGCAGCUUACAAUUCCCACCUGAUCUCACUCUCUCAGCAAUUCACAGAUUCAAAAGUAUUAGUCCUGACAAAUUCCAAUCUCUCAAUCACUAUGGAUGAGCUACCCAUGCCCGGCACAGACUCUUCUGUGCAUGCCACUUUUAGAAUCAUCUUGAAAGACUCAGAUCCCUCAGAAUUUUCAAUACCUGAUCAAAUAAUUGGGAAAUCAGUAAUGCUGGAACCCUUAGAUUUUCCUGGUAUGGUUUUGACACAUCAAGGAAUGGAUAAAGGUCUCACCAUUGCAGAGUCCGGGGAUGAAAAUGGCAUUUUCAGGUUUGUUGCUGGGCUGGAUGGAAAUGAUGGGACGGUCUCCUUAGAGUCGGCGAGCCAGGAAAGUUGCUUUGUUUAUGGUAGUUCAAGCCUCAUGCUCAAGUGCAAUCCUGGAUCAUCUGAUAAUGAAUUCAAGAAGGCAGCUACCUUUGUAGUGUAG